UUCUCUCCACAUCCAGCAUUGAGAUCACACGCAUUUGGAAGAAAACCAUCUACUGAGAGAAGCUCACAGACUGCAGCAGAGCCUGGACCGGCAGCAAGACCGUGCUGACGUUCCGGUGGGAGAGGUGGAGACACAAAGGCCAACCGACAUCUGUUGAGCAGCUUUCUAACAUCAGCUUCAGUCUUCUCUUCCUUCAGUUAUAGCUGCGUUAGAUCACUUACAGCAGGUGACAAACACAAGGAGACAGAAACACAGAGGGAGGAAAAGAGGUUAGCAUCCCUUGGUACCAACAGCAUUCCCAGCCCUUCAGUUUGCAGCAGGGAGGAGCGUUCCCUUGGAGAUGGAGAGGUGUGGAGCAGUGGUGAGCAGUGUGCUUGCAGUCGUCUUGGUUCUGCAGCUGGGUCUGACCCCCAUUAUGGCUCAGCAAGAACAACAGACUGGGCUUGCAGGAAAGGAGGUGAUCCUGAACUGUAAAAUCACAAACCAUCAGAGAGAUCAGACCUGUGCUUGGAAGUACAAGUAUAAGGAAGUUUCUUCUACAAUUAUAAGCUUUUCUAAAACAAAAAUUUUUAAAGGCAAAGCCCCAAUGACUCAUCGAUCUGAAUUGAAGUCGGACAGCAAACAGCUGAAGGUGUCAGACUUGAGCCUGGAUGACGCUGGCAUCUAUACCUGUGCAUGUUACUCUCCUGUAGUCAGUAUCUCACUGCAUGUCUUUAAAUUGACAGUCUCUUCAAAUGGGUACUUCCUUGCAAAUGAAGAUCUUGAGCUCACUUUAAUGCAAAAUUCAUCCCACUCACAACCCCAUCUCAGCAUCGAAUUGUUUAAUAUUAGCAAGAAGAUAGUGACAACAGAAAUUUUGCAAAACGAGGCUCCUCAAAAAUACACACUGAAGCUAAAGCAACUGAAGGCUACGGACAGUGGAACCUGGAUGUGCCACGUUUAUUCAAACUCUCCAUUGAUUAAUCAGAACAUCUCCUUUGAUGUGAAGGUAUUAGGUUUUGGGGAAGAACGCUCGGAAAUAAUGUACACUACUGUUGGCAACGCUGUGAUCUUGUCAUGGCAUCUGAACUUCAGGAAGAUAGAAUGGAAAGAAGGUUUCAUAGGAAAACUGAAUUGGGAACCACAGGAAAAUGCAGCCAUCCAUGAGCUGUUCAAUUUCAGUGUCACAACACGUCGAGAGCUGCAUAAAACUAAAAAAAGCAACCACAUUUGGUUUGAGAUACCUGGAAGGAAAACUGACAGUACUAUAGAAGUUAAAAUCCCCAAAGCCCAGUUAAAUCACGCUGGGCGGUAUCGAUGUCAGCUGGAGAUCAACAGUAGAAGAAUCUGGAGCAUGAGGGCACUAGUGGUGAUGCAAGUCUCGGCUAACCCUGCUGGGCCACUCUCCAGAGGAAGCAAGAUGACCCUGCUCUGCCAGGUGUCUGGUCCCCUGCCACCCAAUGCCCACUUGCUCUGGGAACGUGCGAAUGGGACUGAGAUGGAAAUCAAGAAGUCAAAACAGCAAGAAGCAAAAGUGGAGGUGAACGUCAGUGCUCCAGGAUUGUGGAACUGUCACCUCAUGGAAAACAAUAACAGAAAGAUCAGCCUUAAUUAUACCGUGGAGGAAGCUCAUGUUUGGAAUAGCUAUGCAGUAAUUGGAGCAAUUAUUGGAGCCAGUGUGUUGGUAAUCGGCCUUGCAUGCGUGUGCAUAAUCACUGCUAUGAGCUGGCAGCGGAGAAGGAAACGGGUAAAAAGGAUGGCACAAGCAAAACAAUACUUGCUGGAAAAGAAGACAUGCCAGUGUCAACGCCGGAUGUAUAACUAGCUUUGCAGACUGAGGAACUCUCUGCCUGUACCUAAACAAACACCUGUCAGCCCACAGUGCUCUGCGAACCCACCUCCCUUUCUCCUGUUUUGAUAUAAUUCUCUAUGCCUUCAUCAUUCUCUCAGUAUAAUGCCACGGAGGAUUAUUGUCUGGAGAGGAGCCAAUGGACAAGAUAAGAAACCCUUACAGGUUGUUAUUGAGCCCCAGCCCUAUAAUGAGAGACACUGAAUAGAAGAGUAGCUAUAUAUAUAUAAUGCUUGUAUUUUGUUCAUGCAUUUCAUUUUACCUUCCUGUGGAACUGAUUUUAUAUGCUUCUUUUAUUCACUGGAGCUACAAUAAAUUUCUUCAGAUUUU